CACGUGGUGUGACCUGGUAAUCGAUAUCGUUUUCUAAACAUUUAUCAGACGAUAAUUUUUAGAAAACGAUAUCGAGCUGAGAGCUACGAUUCGAUUAACAUAAAGUAGUAAAAUCAAUUUUUCGAGCGAACACGCUAUUUUUUUAUUCUGAUUUUUUUCUUCGGAUGGAUCCAUCGAUCAUUUAGACCCGAUGUAGAUUCCAAGAUUAUCGUUCUUAGUAAAAUUCAGUUCUAGUAGUAUCAGCCACCUACUGCUAGAUGGCUGAGCAUUUCAAUGUCUUGUAACCACCCCUAUUUCACACCCCAUUGAAUGGGCUGUUUUACCGAUGCGGAAUUUGUUAUUCGGCCUCGACGCUUGCAUUGCCUUAAUUUAUUUACUAUGUCUGGAGAAAUGACGGGUUUGUUUAUGACAAAUAAUACAGAUAUUUUAAUAAGUGACGAAAAUGCAGAGCAAAAUUCUAAAAACGCGGAAGACAAUUUUUUCGAUGAAAUUAUUGGACACAUAGAAGAUAUUUUGUUAGAAGAUGAAUUUCACGCUAUUCAAAAUAAGUUUUUGGAUAGAUAUUGGGACGUUUUUGAACCUAUAGAAGAAAAUAAACUAAUUUAUACUGAUAUAUUUAAUGAAUAUAAUAAUGCUGUGGAAAGUUAUAUAGUGAAUUAUUUACAAAAGGUUAUACCACAUUUUAAUAUAAACACAUUAUUACAAUAUUUAAAGCAACAAAAAUUGGAUGGUGAAGUAUUUGAAGUACUGUCAACAUUCACAGACUUUGUAGCCUUUAAAGAAAUGUUUCUUGAUUAUAGAGCUGUAAAGGAAGGAAAAGUUCAGGAUCUAAGCUCUGGAAUAUCUGUUACAUCUCUGAAAACAUAUAAAGUGAAUGAUCAUUCUUUGAGAUAAGAAACUUUACAGAUCAAGAAAAUAUGGUUUCUAAUACAUGAAAAAUAAAUUAAUAUACGUGUAA